GACGAGCCACAUCAAAUAAUUAAUGAAUUAAAUUAUUCCCUCUACUUUUGCGUGAAGAACCACGAGGAACACAGCAGCGCAGACAAAACAUUGCGGCCCGUGUCGUUGCGAACACGCUAUGAUGACUAUUUCCCCAUGGCGUUGUCGGUGACUACCGAGCAAUACGAAAAAGCACGUGUGUUCACAGUCGAUUGUUUCGCGCGCGCCUUACUGGAUGCAUUACCAGCAUUUGAUAAGUUUAUUGUUAAUUACGGUGCUGGAAACCAUUUGCAGUAAAAUUCGCUAAACUGCCCUCGGAACGGCCUAUACGAGCUGUGUGCGCCACACGAUGGUUCUUGCAGUAGUUUCGACGUUUGUGCAACGGUGGAUGUGAUUUUGCCCACUUUUGUUGAGACGCACCGAUUCAACCGACUUAUUUGGUGUAUAAAUAAAUACUAAUGUUUUGUGUCUAUAUUGACGAUGGCUUACGUCAUUUGGCGAGUUGUUAUGAAAAAAUAUUCCAGGGUUCGCUUAGGACUAACUGGACGCUCGGUGACGCCAACGGGUCGUCAUGCCCUCGCAUAUGACGAAGAAUCAUGGAAACCCAACUCGGAGGACAAGCCCAAAGAAACCGACCUAACCCGUAACUCAGACAUACGACAAAGCAAAACAAAACGCGUUAAAAACUACUUAAAAAAAUGCAAACACGCACUCGGAAGUCGGUCAAACAGUUCAGAACAGAGCUCCAAUGGAGAACCACCCGAAAGGUCGUCGUGGUAUUUGGACAAACAAUUAGAGGCGAUCAUUAAUGAGGGGGAAGUUAACGAACUUGAAGAUGUGUUCGAGGAUGCACAGAGCAGUAUUGACUUGGACGUCCGCGAUGGUUUGCCUCAAGUGGCGAGUGUGAUUGAAGUUAAAAGCAACCGUGAUAGUAACGAAUCGGAAGAAAUCGACGAUGUGGUAAAAGCUGUUCCUUUAGACGAAGAGACUUUCUCGCCUCCCUUGGUCCCAGUGCAAGAGACGGUUGAUGAAAGUGGCAAAAUUCCCGUUGAUGUGGAGACAGCCGAGGAAGUGAAUGAUUCGGUAGCAAUUAAUGGAAAAAAUGUUAAGAUUAAGAGCGAAGUGGAAAGCUUGGUUGAUAAAUAUUUCGGUAGUUUGUACAAGAAUUAUGAACGUUCCAGAAAAUGUUUAAUCAGACAGGCGAGAGAUUUACUCGUUUGUGAGUAUCACGGCUGUUUAUACAACUUUGAGAAUGACUUCUGCAUACAAGCCUCCAAACUGCUGCAACGUAUAAAGGAUGAUCAAACCGACUCCACAACAUUGUCUACCGGAUGGCCACUAUGUCACGGAAAAUCCGGUGUAGUCGCCCAUCUAGGCCCGUUGGACCCGUCCGUCGUCCGUAACCGCGACUGCUACAUCUGCGUCAGAACCCGCAGCGCACCCGGCCUGGAAGUGACCCUUUUCUGGCGGAACCGGCACGAAAUUCACUGGCGCACCAUCGCCGAAUUUCGCGACCCCGUCCACAACUUAGAUGACAUCAUGUGCUCGAGCCUGAGGUCGCCCUCGGAUCUGGAGUUGAGCUCCUACGACGACUACGACGGCGCGGAGUUGCCGGAGUUGCUCCAGAACCUCCUGGUGUCCGUGGAGCACGCCAUCAAGAGGGUGCCGCUGGACGACUUGGCCUUUCCCUGUCCGCACUGUCACCAGUACUUGCCUCUGGAACGGGCGGACGACGAGGUGUCCAAGUGCGUUUGCCAGUGCUCCUGCAGACUCCCCGACAGUCCGGUGAUGAAGACAACCACUUCCAUACAAACUAGUCCCAUGUUUGAAUUCGCCAAUUCGAUACCCCACAUAGACAGCGACGAGGAGGAGGACAAGGAAUCAAUCAGAUCCGGUUCAUCAAACAAGCGAUUGGAAAUAGCACGACCGAAGAGGAUAACAGAGCUACCGGAUAAGCUUUUAAUGUCCGGCAUCAACUUACCAGGAACGGUUGAUAAUGAAGGAAGACCUGUUAUACUAUGCUAUGCGGAAUGUAUAACAAGAGCCGGACUUAAUAAAUACGAAAUUGCUAAACUACUUUUAUAUUAUUCGACCAUUCCUACGGUAGAAUCAACUGAAAAAGGAUUCAUUAUUUUAUUGCUUGCUGAAAAUGAAGCGGACCAUAAAAUCAUUGAAAUUUUAGAUAAAUCUGUUUCCUUAAUAUCAGCUUCGUUGACUGUGAGAAGAUAUUUGGUGUGGAGACCCGGCAUCAAUAAAGAACACGAAAAACAUCUUCCUAGUAAAACUGAAAUCAUUUUCAUACCAGACGAAAACGCUUUAGAAACGUUCUUGCCAAUUGAACAAGCACCCGCCAGUUGUGGCGGCCCGUGUACACACGACCAACUGGAAUGGGUUGAAUUUUUCAAACAACUGGAACCGUUCAUUGCCGACUGUAAAACGGCUGGCAGAAGUCUAUUGUCGACGCUAUCCCAAUUGCGGAACGAGGAAAUGCCCCAUCAAAUUACUAGAAAAUUUCUCAGUCACCAGUGCAGGCAAAUAUCUAAGGCUCUGGAGUCUGAGAACGUCCAAAUCCUAAAGCGAGAGGGAAAGAAGACUUUAAACAGCAUUACCGAACGCAGCCAGUGGUUAGCGAACAGCAGGGAUGUCAAAAGAGCCGUCAGCUUUGCCUUUGAUUCCCACAACUCCGUGGAGAGGGUCACGAGAAGAUUGGAACAGCUCAAACAGGAACGAAUCGAACGGAUGAAGGAAUUGGCCCGAUUCCGGACUUUGCAAUCGGAAGCUGAUGAGCUUUAUAAUUGGAUCUCCCAGACUGGAGAAGAAACCUUGACUGACCUAAUUUCUCGUCUUCGAUCUACUGUGAACGCAGCUGGUGCAAAGGCCGUCGCUAAUGAUUUUGAAAAGUUCUUCUAUUUUGCUUGGAGGCAACAUGAGAAAUGCGAAGACCUUAUCAAAGAAUUCAAAAGCAUAAAAGUUCCAAAGGGCCAAAAUCUAUCUGAAAACUCCCAGAACUUAGAAACACAAAUGACAUCAUUCAAGGAAAAGCUAGAGGACACCAGAGAACGAAUAGAAGACACAUCCAGAUGUUUCCUGUUGUUGGAAUCGUGUCACGACAUUUUGGAAGACGAUAACAAAGAACAGGAGGAAUUUAUUAAAAUUGCUAUGAAGUCGAAAAAUGAAAAAUUACUGCAAAUUUGCAAGUCGGUUCAAAAGAACGAGGAGGCUGACCCCAACCAACCCCCCGACAAAUGCAGCAAAGCACCACCCUAUUCAAAAGAUGAACUAAGUGCGACCAGCACCCCGAUAAAAUCGCAAAACACCUCGAUCAGAAGGCGGUCAGUGAGUUCGGUUGCUUUCAUCUACCACUGCAACCAUCACGCAGCCGGAGAAGUGUGUAAUUGUUACGAAUCCGACGCAGAAAACUCCGUGUCGUACCAUCUCAAGAAGAAAUAUAUUGCGUUGCAGAACUGUGGUUGUGAUGUGAAUAGUGGUAAAGACACUUUAGAAAGAAAGAAUAGCGGAGCUUUGGAUGGCAUAAAAGAAGAACGCGAGAGUAUCGAAAAUUUGUUUGAGAAAAUUGAAACGGAUCAUAACGAUUGUAGACGCUGUGAUAGCGGGUUGUCCACAGCAGACAAUUCGGUGGGUGAGGAGAGUGUUUAUAAUAAGAAAAAAUUGCAGAGGACUUGCUCGUGUCAGCAUUAUAGGGAGAGCUGUACGUUGUGCAGUACAGGUAGCUCCAGUGUUGGUUCAAAUCAAGAUCAAAUGGACAAUCAACAAGAUAGUAUUAUUGAGGAGGGAAGUGACGGCUUUAUUAAAAGCAACAGUAGUGACGACAUCGAAGACGACAACUAUUCCGAAGAAAGAAGAAAAGUGCCUCCUAUAUCAGCCAAUAGUCAUUUACAUUGUCACAACUCUACUUUCGAUUUGCCUUCAGAUGCCUUAUAUAACAAUAUGGAUCCAAAGACUCAAAAAACACUUAAAUUUAUUAUAAAAGAGAUGAUAGAAACUGAACGAGAUUAUGUUAAAUCCUUAGACUAUAUCAUUGUAAAUUAUAUACCCGAAUUACAACGAGAAGAUAUUCCCCAAGCGCUUAGAGGCCAGAGAAAUACAGUUUUCGGCAACGUAGAGAAAAUCUACGAAUUCCACAGUCAGUACUUUUUACAUGAACUUGAACAGUGCGAAAAUAAUCCUCUAUUGGUUGGUGAUAUAUUUUUAAGACACAAGAAACGGUUUUAUUUGUAUGCCUUAUACAAUAAAAAUAAACCGAAGUCUGAUUCUUUAAUGUCAGAGUACGGAUCUUUAUUUUUUAAGAGUAAACAAAUAGAAUUGGGUGACAAAAUGGAUCUGGCGAGUUAUUUGCUCAAACCUGUUCAGAGAAUGGGGAAGUACGCCUUACUGUUGCAACAAAUGAUGAAAGCUUGUCCUGAUUCUUCGGUCAGUUACGGAGAACGAAGCAUCCUUGGACUGGACGAUUUAAAAUCAGCGGAGGAAAUGGUUCGGUUUCAACUAAGGCAUGGCAACGAUUUAUUAGCUAUGGAUUCCAUUAGGGAGUGUGAUGUAAAUCUCAAAGAACAAGGUCGAUUGUUAAGGCAAAAUGAAUUUUUGGUAUGGGAAGGAAGAAGUGGAAAGAAAUCUCUUAGACAAGUAUUUUUAUUUGAGGAUUUAAUACUAUUCAGUAAGGCUAGAAGGUUCCCGGAUAGAAAGAAUCUAGAUUUAUAUAUUUACAAGAAUAGUAUUAAAAUGACAGACAUAGGAUUAACAGCUAAAAUAGGUGAUAGUCCAACUAAAUUCGAAAUAUGGUUUAGAAAACGAAAGCCCAAUGAUACUUACACUCUCCAAUCUAUGUCAGAAGAUAUAAAAAAGUUAUGGACUGAAGAAUUAUCUCAACUCCUAUGGACACAAGCUAUUAAAAAUAGAGCUAUUAGAAUGGCAGAAAUGUCAUCAAUGGGAAUUGGUAAUAAGCCUUGCUUAGAUAUUAAACCUAGCGAGGACCAAAUUAGCGAUAGGUCAAUAAGCUUCGCCCAACUUAACAAAACAUGUACUCAUUUUCCAGCGGCACCAAAAUUUAGAAACACAAUUGCAGGACCUGUUGUGGACCUAUGUCGCAAUACCAGCAAACGACCUCACUCCGUAAUUUCAAUGUCGAGCGUUUCUUCAGGCAGCACAAGUUCGGCAGGUUCAGCUGGGACUCCGACCGGUCCAUUAAAUUCAAGCCUCAGCUUUGAGUCCGGUUGCGAGAGCCCCAAAGCCUAUCAUAGAUCUGCCACAUUAAAUAGCCAAUGUUCAAUGGAAAGUGGAAUUAUUGCUGAUAUGUCAGUAGGUUCAGAUGAGUGUUCAGAGCAAGCACAAACUGGCCUUUAGAAAAUCAAAUUAUUAUUUUUAUUAGAUUUUGACUGUUUUAAGUCAAUACACACCAUGUGCCAGAUAUCUACCAAUUAGUUUAAGUUAUAUAUUUUAUUAUAUUUUUAAAAAUAAGUUUCGUAUUUAAAGAAAACAAAGCUAGAAUAUUACAGAGUUUGUAGAUAUAUUAUUGACUACUCAUAAUUUAUUUUGUUUUACUAUGUUUCAUUAUUUAAAAUUGUUAGUUUUUUUCGCUUUAACAAUAAUAAAACGAUGUUUUAGUCAAUUUUUGUACCUUGAAAUUAUUUUAUAAUUUGUACUUAAAUUCAUAUUAACACCGAUUUGUUCAUGAAAUAGACGUCAGGGAAUUAAAUACACUCAUAUAUUUGUAAAAUGUCUGUACCUUUAAUAACCAGCAUCAAACACUAAUACUUUAUUGUCUAUCAGUAUAAUAAAAUUGUAAACGCAUUAAUGAUUUUAAUAAUUCACUAUAGUCAUAUACAAAUAUACAAAAACUCUUAUA